AUGGCUCAACCGGCAGAGAAAGCUUUUGGUGUGACCCAUAUCAAGUCUUACAUUCCUUUGGUCCUUGAUAUGCAGAAGAUGAACUAUGAUGCGUGGCGUGAACUUUUCGAGAUUCACUGUCUCAGCUUCAGCGUCGCGGGUCAUCUCGAUGGAACCUCGAUUCCUGCAAAUCCUCAAGACACUGCGUGGAAGGAGCGUGAUGGUCUUGUCAAAAUGUGGAUCUAUGGAACGAUCUCUCCUUCCCUCCUCGACACGGUUCUGAAAUCGCGUUGCACUGCUCGUGAGCUGUGGAUUACUAUUGAGAAUCUGUUUCGUGAUAACAAGGAGGCCAGAGCAAUUCAACUGGAGAAUGAGUUGAGGUCCUUCACGAUUGGUGAUCUGUCGGUUCAUGACUAUUGUCAAAAACUCAAGACUAUCUCUGAUCUGUUGGCUAAUGUCGAUUCUCCAGUCACUAAGCGAUCGUUGGUGAUACAUCUGUUGAAUGGCCUUUCUGAGAAAUUUGACAAUAUUCACAAUGUCAUCAAACACAAGACCCCGUUCCCUUCGUUUGAUGCUGCUCGGUCUAUGUUGAUUCUGGAGGAGGAUCGUCUCAACAAACCCUCCAAACAUGUCGCAUCUUCACCGCUUGGAACCUCUACACCUCAUCUGCUCUACACCGACGCAGGACCAUCCACACCUCCUUCAUAUCCUGCGACUAACACAUGCAGUUCCUCUCAGCCACACUUCUCUCCUCAACCCACUCAUGAACAUCAAAACAGAGGACGAGGUCAUGGUCGUCACAACGGGUAUCGUGGUCGUGGCCGAAACAAAUCUCACCAUAACAUCAACAAUUCAUGGAUGCCACAACAACCAUCAUAUUGGCCUGCUCCGCCUCAACAGCAACAAUAG